ACUCCUAGCAGCCACACCGAAGACCAAAAACGCCAUAUCUACGAUAACCUCCCCGCCGACCAGCGCCAGCAACAGACCUACACCGAAUGGGUCAAGGAGGUGUACCACGACCAGUACGAGAAGUGGAUGCCGUGGCUGGAAGACCAGUACCUGAAGUGGUUCGGGAAGGGCGAUAACAAGGCGUCUUAUGUGACGAAGGACACCCUCUCGAAAUCCAAACUCACCGGCGUCAAACAAGUCGACCAGAUCCAAGACGACGUGCACAAUCUGGUAGGCAACCAGCUGGGCGAGAACGGGCUGUUGGCGCCUGUCGGAAAUGCCAUCUCGAAAGAGGGCGUGAAUAGGGCCGAGAGGGGCGGGAAGGACGAGAACGGGUCGUACGGCGGGCCGCUGGGCGGCGUGACGGACCCUGUGGUUAGCGGGGCCAAGGGAGCCGGGGAGGGCGUGGCGUCGGGGGCGAAGGCGGUGGGCAGUUCUGUG